AACAGUUUACAAAAAUAUAAUUAAUAAUUGUAAAAACUAUAAUAAAUAUUGCCCAAAAUGAAUUUAUCUAGUUAGUCAAUAUUAGAAGCUGCUUUCACUAAUUCUUCACAAUUUACUUUGUAAUCUCCUAGAUUAGAUACUCAAAGAUAUUUUGAAUUCACUAAUCUAAACGAACAGACUCCAAGUUUUAAUAGGGAAUGCUUUAAAGAUCCAGUCAGUCCUAAAAUACAUAUUCACUAAAACUUUUAGUUCUAUCCAGAUCAAUAAAACCAAACGCCUACACCUAGUUAGCUUUCAAUAAAUUAGAUUUACCUUACAAAGAUUAAUCUUUGUUCUAAAAAUUUGAACAGCUAAUUAGAUCAAGGAUAUAUAAUUUAAAUACCCUAAAAUAUGAAUCAAAGCUAACCAGGAAAUGAUAUCUACAGAUGCGAGCAACCGUAUCAUUUCAGCUAAUAAGAAGCUGAUGCAAUUUAAUAUAAUUAUCUGGCAUCUUUCUAAAAUUCUGAUUCAGAAGCAUUUCGAGAUAGCCUCUUUAGCAAGAAAAAAUACUCUUAAAUAUUAUAGUAGAACUAAGAGUAGUAAUUAGAAAUAAAAAAUUAAUAAAAAUUUUAAUCUAAUUAAGCCAAUUUUAACUCAAAAGCUAGUGGUAAUACAGAAUAAAUAUAAAAUAGUGCUUAAUUAGUAUAGUAGAGAGGUAGAUAAAGUUAAUUUUAAUAAAAUCUAAUAAAUUAUUGUUAAAAAGAUUAAUCUCCAAAUAUAAAAUCUUUUACUCAGCAAAAACUUGAUUCGUUGAGGUCUUCAUAAAACAGAAAAUAUUUUUUAAAAAGUAAUGAAAAUAAUCAAAAGUAAAAAUAAAAUAGAUAAUAAUAAACAAAAACACCAAUUAAAAAUCAUGCUAAAGAAACUAAUGAAGAAGAUAAAGAAAACUAAACAAAAAGAAUGCUUUAAUAAAUGUCUUAAUAAAAUCUUAAUAAUAAAUCUUUAAACUCCUAACAAUGGAUUUCUAAUGUAAAGUAAAACUUAAAGCAUCCGUUAAAAGAUACAAAUAAUUUUUAAAUACAUUAGUUUUAUGAACAGAGAGUCUAUAAAAUUGUAAAUAAAAUUAAUAAUAAAUUUAAUUGA